GGGAAGCGGGGUGGCAGGCAGAGGGGUCGAAGCAAACGAAGGGUGGAGAGGCUCAGGAGAAGAAUGGUUAUGCCGGCUCCUCGUGCUCUGGUCGUGCUCCUGCUCCGUAGGCUGCGUGUCAUUCAGGCACAGUCCUGCCUCUCCUCGACAUGAGCCUCGCAGGAAGGGUGUCCUGCUCCAUGCUCAACUGCUUUGGUGAAGAGGGGCCUCCCAGUCUGGAGUACAUCAAGGCCAAGGAUUUGUUCCCCCAGAAGGAGCUGGUGAAGGAGGAUGAAAGCCUUCAGGUGCCGUUCCCAGUUCUUCAGGGGGAAGGUGUAGAAUAUCUUGGCCGUGCUGAUGAAGCCAUUAUUGCCAUUUCUAACUACAGACUUCACAUCAAGUUCAAGGACUCAGUCAUCAAUACCUACCCAGGUGUGGACAUUGACGUAUCUGUGCCUCUCAGACUGAUAGAAAGUGUAGAGAGCAGAGAUAUGUUCCAGUUGCACAUCAUUUGCAAAGACUCUAAAGUUGUCAGAUGCCACUUUGCAACGUUCAAGCAGUGCCAGGAGUGGGUCAAACGUCUGAACCGGGCCAUAGCACACCCAUCGCGGCUGGAGGACCUGUUCGCCCUGGCCUAUCACGCGUGGUGUCUAGGAGGCAGCGCUGACGAUGAAGAUCAGCACCUUCAUCUUUGCCGCCCAGGUGAUCAUGUACGUCAGAGAAUGGAAAUGGAGGUCAAGAGGAUGGGCUUCGAUACUCAAAACAUCUGGAGAGUGUCUGACAUCAACUGCAACUACAAGCUGUGCUCCAGCUACCCACAGAAGCUUCUGAUUCCAAUCUGGAUCACUGACAAGGAGCUGGAGAGUGUGGCUUCUUUUAGAUCCUGGAAGAGGAUCCCAGUGGUGGUCUACAGGCACCAAAAGAACGGGGCAGUGAUCGCCCGCUGUAGCCAGCCUGAGAUUAGCUGGUGGGGCUGGAGGAACACAGAUGAUGAGUAUCUAGUAACGUCCAUCGCUAAGGCCUGUCAGAUGGACAGCGGAACCAAGGGUGCACAAACAAAUAGACAACGCGGGGAAGCUCCUGACUCUUCCGAUGGUGAUUUUGACUCAUCUCUGACGGGCGGCUCCAGCUGCAACGACAACACUGUGACACAGAAGCUGCUGAUUCUGGAUGCUCGCUCAUACACUGCUGCAGUGGCUAACCGAGCUAAGGGUGGAGGCUGCGAAUGUGAAGAGUACUACCCCAGCUGUGAGGUCAUGUUCAUGGGAAUGGCCAACAUCCAUGCUAUCCGGAACAGUUUCCAGGCUCUCAGGGCUGUCUGCAGUCAGAUCCCCGAUCCAGGAAACUGGCUUUCAGCACUGGAGAGCACCCGUUGGCUGCAGCACCUGUCGGUCAUGCUGAAGGCUGCCACUCUGGUAUGUUCAGCAGUGGAGCGGGACGGUCGUCCUGUCCUGGUACACUGCUCAGAUGGGUGGGACCGCACGCCUCAGAUUGUAGCCCUCGCCAAGGUCCUGCUGGACCCCUACUACAGGACAUUAGAGGGUUUCCAGGUGCUUGUAGAGACUGAAUGGCUGGACUUUGGUCAUAAGUUUGGGGACCGCUGUGGCCACCAGGAGAACUCAGACGAUGUGAGCGAGCAGUGUCCCGUCUUCCUGCAGUGGCUGGACUGUGUUCACCAGCUGCUCAAACAGUUCCCCUGCCUGUUUGAGUUCAAUGAGGCCUUCCUGGUCAAGUUGGUGCAGCACACAUACUCGUGUCUUUACGGCACGUUUCUGUGCAACAACGCUCGUGAAAGGGAGGCGAAGAAUAUCUACAAACGCACCUGCUCUGUGUGGUCUCUGCUUCGCACAGCAAACAAGAAUUUCCAGAACUUCCUCUACAUCCCUUCUCAUGACAUGGUGCUGCAGCCAGUCUGCCAUACUCGGGCACUACAGUUGUGGACAGCCGUCUACCUGCCCACCUCCUCCCCCUGCACUGCUGUGGAUGAUUCUGUGGAUCUCUACCUCCCGCCCUCCAUCACAGGAGACGAGCUCACCUCCCGUUCCCUGGACAGACUUCCUAAGACCCGCUCCAUGGAUGACCUGCUGUCAGCUUUUGAGAAUGGGAUGCCCCUGACACGAACAUCCAGCGACCCCAAUCUCAACAAGCACUGCCAGGAGGGUCGCUCUGCACUGGAGCCCUCACCUGCUGUGGAAGAACCCGCUGCAGAAGGCUCCAAUGAGCUCAUACGUGACACUGCAGUAGACAGUGGAGAGGGACAAUCUAUGCAUCCGACUCCAGAAGCUGUCCCAGGUGUAGUGGGUGCUGAAGAGGCUGUGGAUGGACCCUGUUUCACUACACAGCCCCUGCCUUCCCUGCCCCUCUCACCUGUCCCCCUCAGUGAGGAUGUCACACUUGCUCACACUGCCUUUUCCACUCCUGCCCUCAUGCAAGCUUUGCAUCAGAUCACAGAUACUCCACUCCAACAAGCUCCACUGGAGGCUGAGAGCCCCUGUAGGACUGCUGAGAGUAUACCAUCACCCACUCAUAAAUCAGAGCCCUGCUUACCUCUGCCCUGCAAAAGCACUCAACCUGCAGCCAACACACCAACCUCUGUAUUUCAAGGACAAAUUGAUAGUCAGUCAAAGAGCCUGCUGGCUGUAAAGCAGCUAACAUCACUCCUUCCCAUGGGGGACUCCACUGAGACUCUUAUAGGUGAGAAUGAUCAUCCCUGCAACUCGUCCUCUGCAGUGACCUGGGAAUUUACCCAGAAUACUUUGAAUGAUGAGGAGAAGCCUGAGUUUCAGCCACAAGCUCAACCCCAGAAGGAGAAAGAGGACACGAGGACAAAUGGGGCGAGUGGAAGAGAGCGUGUGUUAGCGGCAGCUCCUGUAGACUGCACCCAGGUAACUGCUCGCCCUCUGAUCUCCCAGAGCCAGCUCUCGGACCUGUGCUUGCUCAGCUCCCACUGGGAGAGUGUCCAGGGUCUGGUCCAGUCUGCCUCUGGUGCCAGCCGGGCCCAGCACCCCAACAUCCACCAGAGCCGCCGGCUUGCCAGUAAACUCCUCCGUGCCCAGGGCUUUGCCAUUGCCAAUGGCUCGCAGUGCUGCCGCAGGGAGGCUCUCUGUUGUCCGAGCAGUGCGCUGCAGACUGGAUGGCCUACCAGGAGUGCAGGCUACACUGGACUGUGUGGGCCUACUGCCCUCACCAGCUACUCACUGGCAGCUCAUCAGCUCCUGCCAGCCUCUUAUUCCUCACCCUCAGCUUCUAGCUCGCCACCACCUCCCCAGGCCCCGGCUUACCUGGAUGAUGACGGGCUGCCUGUGCCGAUGGAUGCCGUGCAGCAAAGAUUGCGUCAGAUCGAGGCGGGUUACAAGCAGGAGGUUGAGGUGCUGCGACAGCAGGUGCGACAGCUGCAGAUGAGGCUUGAGAGUCAACAGUAUGGCACCCCUCCCUCAGAGCCAUACGUUGAGUACGAGGAUGACAUUACAUGUCUGCGUGAGUCAGACAACAGCAACGAGGAAGAUUCUCUGUCUACCCACAGCGAGGACCGUCUGUCCGAGGGCAGCUGGGAUCGAGUGGAGCCCAGGGACACUGAGGUUACGAGGUGGGUGCCCGACCACAUGGCCUCCCAUUGUUUCAACUGUGACUGUGAGUUCUGGAUAGCCAAGAGACGUCACCACUGCAGGAACUGUGGUAAUGUGUUCUGUAAAGACUGUUGUCACCUGAAGCUUCCCAUCCCGGACCAGCAGCUUUACGACCCCGUGUUGGUGUGCAACACCUGCCACGACCUGCUCCUCGAGUCCCGCACCCGCGAGAUCCGUAGCCAGCAGCUUAAGAAGGCCAUCGCUACAGCCUCCAGCUGAGAGAAACCUGAAGCAUUGUCGCCUCGGCUUUGUCCUGCUCGUAUGGGACUGAUGAGCUGUGCGCCGUUUUAACCGCCAAUCAGCUGUAGUUUGGCUGCAGGGGCAGGAAUGAGGAGCAGUUGUUACUCUUUGGGACGCUGGGCUUUAAAAACGGAAAUGCACGUAUAGACUGUAAUAGAAGGGAUUGCUAAGGCAUGCUAGCAGGUGGAGGAGGGGGUUGGUCAAAGACAUUUUUAGGCCAGAGCGCCACAGCGUCCUGCUGCCUCACACGGCUUGGUCCUCUAGUGGUGCCCCCGCCUGAGACACAUCUCCAACCUGUCCACACACCUUUUAGUACCAAACACCUGCACCCUCCUGACGGACACUGACUCGCAGUUCAGAGGACAAUCGCUCACCCUUCCACGUGUCGGGGGACUCCAAAGCCUGUACCUGUACUACUGGAGGCUUUCAACUUUAAAAGAAAAGAAAUGCUGCUACAGUAUUUAAAAGUCUAAUUUUGUAUUCUUAUUUUGUGCACUACUAGCUGUCAUGUAAUGGAGGGCACUUGUGACCAAACUUGAGCAAAAGGGAGAAAUCUGCUGUUUACUUUGCCAUUGCAUCUUUUUUGUUGUUGUUGUUUUUUUGUCCUCUCGGAGCUUGAAUGUAACAUGUGAUGGAUAACUGGACCGGGUUUAUGUUAAUGUGCAUUUGGUAGGUCGUGUACAUGUUCAUUGCUGCAGUGUGUUCUGUAUGUGGACAGUCGAUGUGGUUGUGUCUUUUAUCGAUGCUUUUCUCUGGUAUAGUCGCGGUGCAACGCUCUGAGGGAUGUGUGGCGCACACUGAUGUGGUUUUGCGGGGACAGAAUGAGGGUGGGAGUCAGCAGGUUUCUGUGAAGUCUUCUUCAGAUGAAUCAUUUGAAGGUGCUUGGAAGAUGUGACUGAAGGGUCGUGCUGAUGUUCCUCUAGUCGAAUGGCUUGGUGUCCACAUAAAGCUCUAUGUCCAUCUGACUGACUCCUCCACAUGCUGAGGACUGAACAGAACUCUUAGUUUUUUGUUUUUUAAGGGUAGUUUGGCAACAGUCCCCUUAAAAAUGUUUGUCUACUGGUUGUUGGGACAAUGGUGCCAUAUUUUGUUUUGUCUCUCUCUUUUUUCAAAGGAUAUUUCUUUGUUACGGAUGGCAGCAGGUUUCUAAUCGGCCACCUCUCUGUAUGUUUAAUGGUACAGGUAGCUAGCUGCUUAAUAACACUGAGACGACUAAAGAUUAACUGAGAGUUUGAUAACAAGAGGCUAACAAUGUCAGUGGAUAAUCAGAUAUCACUGCAUUCGUUACCUUUGUAGUUAUCGUCUAAUAUUUGGAAUCUUUUGCACGGUGUUUAUGAAGUUGAAAUCUUUGAGGAGCUCAGAAAUGUAACAUACAUAGUUAUCUGAUCCGUAGUGGUGGCUAAAACCUGUCACUUAAUGAAUUAUUGUUGUAAAGAAAUGCACUGUAAAAAUGAAAUCCCAUGGGUUAAAAUAAAGGAUUAUAUCAUGGA